CUCGGUUGCGGGCACUCCCGCCGGGUCGACAGCCUUCAGUUUGACCUGCGACCCCAAAGAGCCCAAGCCCAUGCCCCUGCCCCGCAGGGGAAGGGGAUCCCGCCUGGAUGCCUCCCGAACGGCGGGCACUAGCCUUCCGCGGGUGACGGCCCGCUCUCCAAGGCGUGCCGGCCGCAGGGCCCCGUCAUCAAGCCAUGCGCAACGCCUCACCCGGCGGCGCCAUUCCUCCGACCAGGUCCCACCAGUGCCUGAGCCGCAGACAGACUUCCGCUUGGGAAGGUGGCUCCAAGAGCGCGCCGCAGGGGACUCCAGGGACUCGCGGCAGGCUUCGCGUGCUAGGAUGGGCUCCAGGCUCAGGGUCUGUAGUUGGGAAGAAGUGGUGAUCCCUUGCGCUUCUGAUGAUGACUCAGAAAGUGUGGAUUUGCAGCUGAGCAACUUAGAAGAUAUUAAAAAAGACCCAAGUAGUCUUGAACUUACAGACUCGGACAUCUCUGACAUUCCUGGACUCCCUUGGGAAUCCCUCACAGAUUGCUUCAGCCACCCGACCCACCAGCAACCCCGUGGCGAGGUCAUCAUCGAGAGGCUGAUUGGAUCUGUACAGGAGUUUUUUAAUUGUGAGCUAAAGGGUGAAUUUGAGAAGCUGACAUUCCUAAGAUCUUUGUCUUCUCUCAGCCGAACUUUACCUUAUGAUGAAACCACAGAAUCAUUUAUUCAAAGCCACAUAACAGACAUUGUGCACAUCCUAAAUUUGCUGUUGCAAGAGGAGCCCCCACAUUCUCUCCUCAGCCCCAUGCGCCAGGAGGUCUUCGUCACCAUUGCUGACUUCAGUUACCAAGAUGUCCAUUUGUUUUUUGGCUCUGAAGAUGGAGCUGACUUGUUCAGUCUUGUCAUCAAAAGUAUGAUUACUCUGCCUUCUGUAACGACCCUUGCUCAGCUGCAGGAAGUCACGGCAAGUAGGCCCAACAACUCAGAGUGUCUCUACAGGCAGACAUUUCAGGCAUUCUGUGAGAUGCUCCAGAGUUUGGUGGUAAAAGACCCACAUUUGGAAAAUCUUGACACCAUUUUUGAGCUCAUGGACCCCUGGUUACAGUCAGUCAAAGACCAUGAGCGGGAACGGGCCACAGCCAGCAUGGCUCAAGUUCUGAAGUGCUUAUCUAGCCAUCUCAGCUUGAAGCUUCCACUUCGGUUCCAAAGACUUGGACACCUGGUGGCCCUCAUGGCACUGCUAUGUGGGGACCCACUGAAAGAGGUGGCCGAGGAGGCUGCAGAGGGCACACACCACCUGCUGCAUAUCACCAUGAGGUUGAAAUAUCUCACUCAUGACAAGAAAAAUCACCAAAGCUUGCGGAAAGCAAUGAAAAAAUGUCGAGAACUCCUACAGCUCUACAAUACUAAACAGUUCUACAGUUGUCCCUCCAAAAUUGCCCAGGUCUUCGAAGUUUUUCUCAAUUCACAUGAGCUCUGCCAGUUUGUAAUGACUACACUGGACGGCCUGAAAAAUGUGAGACAUCCCUGCACUCAGCAAUCAGCAGGAGAAUUACUGAUAACACUGGUGAAAAAUGCAGAAUCCCGCUUUGAGAAGGUGCCAGAAAUAAUGGGAGUUAUCUGUGCCCAGCUAUCCACAAUCAUCCAGCCAAGCAUCCGCCAACAAGUCAUAAAUACCGUGAGCUUGUUUGUCUCCAGGCCCAAGUAUACAGAUAUUGUGCUCAGCCACCUUCUGUGUCAUCCAGUACCAUAUGACAGGCAUCUGGUCGAGUUGUGGAGAACGCUGGAAGUAGAGCUGCCCAGCACGACCUGGAUUCUCUGGAGGCUCCUGAGGAAGCUGCAGAAAUGCCAUAACGUGCCCACUCAGGAGAAGAUGGCCUAUGUAGCUGUUGCUGCAACAGAUGCCCUUUAUGAGGUGUUUAUGGGAAACAGGCUCCGAGCAGCUACGUUCCGACUCUUUCCUCAGCUUCUCAUGACACUGCUCAUCCAGAUUCACCACAGCAUCGGCCUCACCAUGUCUGAUGUCGCCAUUCCAAGUGGCCUAUAUGUAGACCAAGAAGUGUCUUCGGAGGUCACCCCUUUGUGCUUAGCCAUACAGGCUACAAAGACUCUCCUCCUUAGAACCUUGUGCUGGCAGGAAUUCAGCAUCAUGGAAAAGAAUAAAGGAUGGACCCUUCUGGAAGGAAAAGAUUGCCAUCUUCAGGGAGUAUCUCUCCUUGCCAGUGCUUUGCUGGAAAGACAUCACCUCCUUGCACAUAAGGUCAUGUACUUGUUAGUCCCUCUUCUUAACCGAGGGAAUGAUAAACAUAAAAUCACAUCUGCAGGCUUUUUUGUGGAGCUUCUCCAGAGUCCAGUGGCUAGGAGACUGCCCAACGUAUACUCUGUUGCCCGCUUGAAAGACUGGCUACAUCAUGGGAAUAAUCUCUUCAGAGUUCUUGGCCUGAAGGGACUGUGCUAUCUCCUCAGACACCAGGAGAUGAGGGAAGAUAUCAAGAGGCUGUUGCCAUGCAUCUUAGACAGCUUGUAUGAAACCGACGAGAGUAUUGUGUUACUGGCCAUCCAGAUACUCCUGCACUUUGUUCCUUCAAUGGAUUUCACCACCCUGGCUGCCAUGAUGAGGGCGCUGUUCUCCUUAUUUGGUGAUGUCAGACCUAAUGUUCAUCGUUUCUCCAUGACCCUCUUUGGAGCCUCCAUAAAGUCUGUGAAAAACACAGAUAAGAAGGGUGUAGAGAACCAAGUCUUGGACAGCUUGGUCCCGCUACUUCUAUAUACUCAGGAUGAAAAUGGUGCAGUAGCUGAGGAGAGCAGGCGAGUCCUAAGUAUAUGUGCCCAGUUCCUGAAGUGGAAGCUGCCCCAAGAGGUAUACUGCAAAGAUCCGUGGUACAGCACACCUCACGAAGUUGGAACCAUCUGCAAAUUCUUUGGGAAAAAAUGCAAGGGGAAAGUUAACAUCCUAGCCCAGACAUUGAUGUACACCAAGAAUGCGAAACUUCCCAUCAGAAGAGCAGCAGCAUUAUUUGUAGGGAUGUUAUCAAAGUACAUGGAUCACAGUGAGCUCAAGAUGAAGGGUACUGACUGGAUAGAGUAUGAUCUGAGAGAUAUGCUCCAUGACCCUGAGCCCUCUGUGCGCAUCUUAGCCUCCCAGGCUCUGUUCCGAGUCCAGAAGGUGAAGUCUGAACCUGAACCCAGGCAGAGAGUUUGCAGGCUGAGGAAGCUCAUGGGCUGUCUUUCUACCUAGAAAUGCAAAGAAGCUACACCAGACAGAAGCAUCCAUUGAGAGAGAGGACUGUUCUUCACUGAACUACCUCAGCAGCUUGGGAA